GCAAGACUCGCCAGAGAUGCAGAGUCAACUCAUCGACAACAUCACUCUGGCACUCGAUGCAGUGUCACCCUUUUUUUAAGUGGCAGUGCUCUGCAUGCCACACGACGAUGGGGGGCAUUCGAAAGGCGUUUCCCCUGAAGCGUGGUGCGGUGCAGUAAGAGGAUCUCGUACAGCUAGGAAGACGUGGACCAGGCGUUUUGCUCUCCGAUUUUUAGAUACCUGUUGAAUUACGUCAAAAUGAAGAAAUUCCUCCAGAAUAAGAAAGGGAGAUACUCCUUACGGCAGAACAAGCCGGGUCCUCGAUAUCCGCCCAAAGAUUUGUUCCUCACCAUGCCAGCGUCCAACCAGGGCUGGCCAGAGGAGUUUGGCUUUCAGAUAGGGGGGAAUGGGCCCAGCUACAUCCUGACUGUGGAGGAGGGAAGCAGUGCACAUCUGUCUGGACUGCAACCUGGAGACCAGGUUUUGGAGAUCGAGGGCCAAAAUGUUUCCAGUCUUAGUGCUCAAGAGGUCAUUGCCCUUGCCCAAUCACAACGAAACAUCCCGCCCAGUAUUGGAGUAGUUUCACGCAUCCAGCAGAUGGAUAUCACUCCAGGCCCUGAUGGUCGCUUCGGUUUCACUAUCGUGGGAGACUGCCCCCUGCUGGUGGAGGAUUGCUCCCCCUGCUCCCCAGCGGGUCGUAGUGGUCUCAGAGCUGGAGAUUAUGUCAUGGAGGUGAAUGGGAUCCCAGUGAAGCACCAUGAGAUGGCAGCCGCUUUGAUAAAGGCCUCUCAGGGCCGCACGCUGCGUCUUGGGGUGCUGUGUAUGGGCAGUCGCCAGAAACGCAGCAGCGGGAGUCUAGAGGACUCUCAUAGAGACACAGAUGGCAUGCGUCAGGACCGCAAACACAAGGCUCUGGAGUUCAAUAGGAGGGUUGAGGAGAUUUUGAGGAAUGAACCAGAGGUGAAAGAGAAACUGUUUGCUGUGCUGAAACAGUUUGCUGCUGAGAGGAAGGUGGACUGGCUUGCCUCCGUUCUUCCUGACAUCUUGACAACUGAAGAGCAGCAACAGCUCAUCUCAAACAUCAGGAUCUUCAUUCCCAAGAAGCAUCGGCAGCGCUUUGACGAGGCCGUUUCUCAGAGUCUCCUCAACCGUAUGUGCCGUAGCAAGAGCCUGGGCGAGCCCCAAAACAGGCUCCGCCGAAGCCGAAGUCAAGACCACCAUGAGCGUCCACAAGGCUCAAAACGGGCCAGUUCUGUGCCCAGAGAUACCGGCGAUGACCCGGCCCAACCUGAGCGUGGCCUUAGGAAGAGCACCAUCAUGAUUCCCAGCCACUAUGUCACUGGAGCCAACCAGAGAACCAUCCGUGUGUACAGGGGUAAGAAGAGUUUUGGGUUUACUCUGAGAGGUCACGCUCCUGUGUGGAUCGACUCAGUAAUGCCAGGUAGUCCAGCCGAGGCGUGUGGCCUUAAACCAGGAGACCGCAUAUUGUUCCUCAAUGGCCUAGACAUGAGGAACUGCUCCCAUGAGAAGGUGGUGUCCAUGCUGCAGGGUAGUGGUGCCAUGCCCUCUCUAGUGGUGGAAGAGGGCCCUGUAGAUUAUCCGCUCUCGGACUCAGAGCCGGAGGAGACCCCCACCAUCCCGCGCUCGCGCUCCCCAGCCCUCAGCUCCCUGCAGUGGGUGGCCGAGAUCCUGCCUCCCAGCAUCCGCGUGCACGGCCGUACCUUCAGCCAGCAACUUGAACACCUCCUCACCCUGCAAGAAAGAUAUACCAUUUGCAAAGCUCUGGAGACCUUCUUUCAACACAGGAAUGUGGACACGCUCAUUGUAGAUGUGUUUCCUGUGCUGGACACUCCAGCCAAGCAGCUGAUUUGGCAGUUCAUUUACCAGCUGCUGACCUACGAGGAACAGGAACACUGCAAGAGCAAGAUCGCCCGCUUCCUGGGCUUCAAGAGUGCAGAACCAGAGAUAGGUCCAGAAACCCACAGACGGAGCAGCUCCAUGCGAGUGUCAGGUACCUCUCACAAAAACACUGUGAGAGAGAGAAGCUCAGACGACUGCAUUAUCGGCACUCACCUGGGAAUGGGAACAUUCACUGACCCUGUGACUCCAGAGGAAAGACAAUGUGGGGAUGGGACUUCCUUCCCAGAGUCCCCAGAUCUCAGCCACAUGUCAGGAGUGUACACGGAGCUUGAGAACAUGUUUCCCGGGAAGAGCAACCAGUCUCUCCAGAGUCACUCCUCACCCAGGGCUGUCGGCAUGGGCCAUGCUGAGAACAAUACAUACACUCAGUCGUUCACACACGGUAACGCAGGGAAUCGUAAGUCAGGCCUCACUCUUUCAUGGACUGAAUCUUUUCCUGGCCCUCAGUUUGAGCCUUACCAGCAGACUGUUCCUUCUCCAGACAGUGUGGACUCCAAUCCUUAUGUUAGUUUAGACAGCCCCCCUGCCUCCCCUCUGCCUUUUGAUGAACCCAGUCCUCUGCCCCAGCGCAGGAAGCUCUUCACCUUCUCACGUCCACCUCGCAGCCGAGACACUGACAAGUUCCUGGACGCUCUGAGCGAGCAGUUGGGACACCGGGUCAAUAUCGUAGAUGACUUUAAGGGAGGGGAGAAUGACUAUGAGGAGAUGAGUUUCCAGGAUGACCAGGAAGUGAACAUGCUGCCUCAUGAGUUAAGCAGUGCCAGCAGUGAAGACCACAGCAGCAGCGAUGACUCCACUUCAGUCUCCUACUCCUCAGGCUCUGACCACAUCCCUCCUCCCCCACAGAGUCCUCCGCCUCCGCCACCUCCCAGCCAGUUCACCGACCCGCCCUCGCCCCUUCCCCUCACCCCAGAGCACUUGCCCCAACCGCCCCCAGCCUUCCAGCACCACCCCAUCAUAGCUCCGCCCCCACCUCCACCUCGCUCCUUCCUCAUUAACCGGCCCUCGUUGCACAAGGUGCUGCCCAGCAGUGAGGAGCUCAGGGUCCAGCGCACCCACCCCCGACGCUCCUCUCCCCAGCCCAGCACUCAGUCCAUUCUCCAGCUGCACCAACCGAAGGCUCACCCCAUCCUACAGUCAUCCCCGCGCACCUCCCCUCAACCCCCGCACGCAACCACACAGCACACUCACCUACGACAUCCCACCCAGUCCAUCUACCAGAGCCAGCAGACCUCUGCUCCCAGAACCUCCCCUAACCUGACCAAACAAAAGAGCCUCCAUUCCCAGCAUUCCCAACAAAGCUAUGAUGGUACGCUCUCAAACAAGGUUCCCCCACCACCGCCGCCUCCUUUACCCCCACCUUGUGAUCCUCCACCUUUGCCCAAAGCCAGCCCGAAAGCCUCUGACAAUAACCACAUGAGCGUGAAGAGACUGCGCUGGGAGCAGGUGGAGAACUCUGAAGGAACUAUCUGGGGACAGCUUGGAGAUGAUCCUGAUUAUCAUAAACUCAGUGACAUGGUCAAGUACCUGGAUCUGGAUCUGUACUUCGGCACACAGAGGAAUUCCACUCAUCUCUCAUGGAGAGCUACUGUAUGUCUGUCUCCGAUCCCAUCAUUCUCAUCCAGUUAUUGGCAUCUUACAGCCUCUUUUCAGUCUCCAUACAGUUUAUUGUCUCCACUACUGGUGCGAGGAGAGCUCAUCCUUACACUGUUAUUAAAUGUUUCAGUCUCUCUUCCAGAGCCCACUUUCCUGCCCGAGAACUUUAAAAAGAAAGACGUGGUCGAGAUUCUCUCCCAUAAAAAGGCCUACAACGCCUCUAUCCUCAUAGCGCAUCUGAAGCUGGCCCCGAAGGAGCUGCGAGAAAUCCUCAUGACCAUGAGCACUGAGCGUCUGGAACCUGCACACAUUAAACAACUGUUGCUUUACGCUCCUGAUGACGAGGAGGUCAAACAGUUUCAGCAUUACGACCAGGACCCCGCCAAACUUAGUGAGCCGGACCAGUUUGUCCUACAGAUGCUACUAGUUCCUGAGUAUAAAACCAGACUGAGGAGUCUUCUUUUUAAGACCACUGUGCAGGAGAAAACAGAAGAAAUGAGAGGCGCAUAUGAAUGCAUAUACAAAGCAUCAUUAGAGCUUAAAAACAGCAAGAGGUUGGCCAAGAUCCUGGAGUUUGUUUUAGCAAUGGGAAAUUAUCUGAAUAAUGGUCAACCCAAGACGAAUAAAACAACAGGAUUCAAAAUUAAUUUUCUUACUGAGCUGAACACAACAAAAACAGUUGAUGGAAAGUCGACUUUCCUCCAUAUUCUUGCCAAAUCAUUAUGCCAACACUUCCCAGAACUCCUCGACUUCGCCAGGGACCUCAUAACAGUGCCAUUAGCUGCCAAAGUCAAUCAGAGGACUAUUACUGCUGAGCUCAGUGACCUUCACUCCACCAUCCAGGACAUAAGAACUGCCUGUGUGAAAAUCCCAGCUACUGCUGAAGAUCGCUUUGCAUUGGUUAUGAGUAGCUUUCUGGAAAACUGUCAUCCAGCUGUGCAGUCCCUAGACUCCUUGCAGCAAAGAGCAAUGGAUGAGUUUCAUAAAGUGGCCUCCUACUUUGGAGAAGACAGCAAGGCCACGACCACAGAAAGCUUCUUUGGCAUCUUCGCUGAAUUUAUCUCCAAAUUUGAGAGAGCACUGAGUGAGACACAAGGAACAGAAAACCCCAGAAGCCCCCGAAUAGCCUCGCCGCUGGCAUGGUGAAACCAACAGCAUCUGCAGUUUCUAACCCAGAACGCCCAUGUGCCAAUAAUAACAGGGAACUUGAUAGCGUGAAGGGAAAUUAACCUUACUUUAAAUGUCUUAGAUGAAUAAAAAAUAUCUUUAGAAAAAAAUAUAUAUUUUAUACAGAACUUCAGUGUGUUUAUCGAGAAAGUAUAUUAAUAUAGCCCAAUAUUAAUCAUUUUGUUUUGAGAUUUAGAGAAUGUAACAGGAAUAUGCACACUUCAGGUGAAGAGGAUUGAUGGUAUUUUUGAUGGUAUAUUUUGGUACCGAGGUGAAUGAAUGUUUUCAUGAUGAACUUACUCAUCCUCAAGCCAAAUGUAUUUUAACACAAAAAAAGUAAAAAAAAAAGUUCCAGAUGAGUUUUAAAUUCUUCACAGUAUUAGUGUUUUAUUGUUGUACUCCGUUGUGAUACGCCGAUACUAUAGCAGAACAAGAGUGCACCCUUCAUAAGUGAAGAUACAACUAUUUUCCAAAUCAAUGAUCAUUUGUAUUUUAUUGCAAUAUUAGUUGUACAACUGAUUGGUGGUUUCAUCCCGCAUGAGAAUCUGUGGUAGAUUUUACAUCAUGAAAUUGGUUUUCAACUAUGAAAAGAUGAUGCAAAAGCUUCACAUUAUUAAAUGGCAGAAGGGUACACAUAUCAUCUGUUCUUUUAAAAUGAGUAUGUAGCUUGUCUGACUUUUUUAGGUACUAUUGUUUAAGAUAACCCAACGCAUUUCUUCCUGACAUCUUCUGUUCUUGAACAAAUGCAUGAUCUUCCUUAUUGCCUGUUUUUGUCAUUUUUGUGUAUUUUUCUUAGUCUCUUGUCAGAACCAAUCAACGAGGAGAAUACCUACAAUUUGCAUUUGCAUGUAGCAGAGUAUUUCUAUUUAUGUAAUGUAUUCCUGUUUUGAUUGUUUCUGUAUCGAUUUGUUAUAUUGAAUAUGUUUUACCAAAUUAAUUAGUUGUAAAUUAAUAUUUGUGUACAAAUUGUUGGCGUGACUAACCUAAUGUUUUCCUGAGCAGUUCUAUAUCGAAGGGCCACAUAUUGCUGCGUUUUAAUCAGAUGUCUAAUUCGUUUUGCCUGAAUAAAUACGCUUUUG